AUGUCGUCAAGUUCCAAACAGGUUGACCGGUUCUGUCAUCAGUAUCUCCAGCUCCAGUCUGACUUGGACUAUCCAGAAGCUUCACUGUUGAAGACUUCUCAAGUUCAAGAUGCGUUUUAUGAGAGGCUAUUCGCCGAUGGAGCCGUGAGAUAUGGCCCUCCUCCGCGGUUUCAGCUUCGCAUUCUCAAAGAGCUCAUGUCUAGAAUUGAAGCUAGUAUAGAUGAUUGGGAAGAGUAUGGCGUAUCUGACGACUUGAUGUCUGCGCUUUCACUCUUUCUUGCAAACCCAUUGCCUUCAGAAGCAACUUCUGCUCAGCAAAAGUCCUAUGUCACAUACCAUCUCUCUGAGUUAUGCAAAAAUAACUCAGAGCCCAGCCCCCGGGCGCCUCACAUCACCCUUCUUGAGAACCACUCUCUCAUCUCAGGCUCGGGGACCACUGGUCUUCGCACAUGGGAAGCUGCCCUUCAUUUGGGGUCAUACCUUUGCCAGAACAGACACAUUGUCAAGGGAAGGCGAGUCUUGGAACUGGGAGCUGGUACAGGAUACCUUUCUAUCCUUUGCGCCACCUUUCUCGAUUCUCAACAUGUCAUCGCAUCAGAUGGCUCUGACGAUGUGAUCAACAACCUUCCCGAUAACCUUUUCCUCAAUGACCUUCAGGAUUCCACUCAGGUAACUCCAAUGGACGUCAAAUGGGGGCACGCUCUCAUGGGCACCGAAGAGGAGAAGUGGAAUGGUGGACGUCCUAUUGAUGUCGUCCUAGGCGCCGAUAUUACUUACGACAAGAGCGUGAUAAGAGCCCUAAUCGGAACUCUGCGUGAGGUAUUUGACCUUCAUCCACAUGUGGAGGUUUUCAUCUCAGCGACACAACGCAACGAGAAGACGUUUCAAGCGUUUCUGGAUCAGUGCCAGGCUAACGGACUCGCCGUCGAGGUGAUACAAUUCCCAAUCCCAAAGCGGGAGGUUCAACAGGGUCCUUUUUACAACGACAAUGUCGCUAUCCACAUCUGCAAAGUUUCCAGAACAUAA